AUGACCAAUGAAACAAAGAAUGUACUGCCGGAGACAAAGGUGGCGAUGGCCGUGUCUCGGGAUGAAAACGGCAUACUGAACUGUUCGAUCCCAGAUCGCCGGAGACUUGGUCGACGGAAAAGCAACGUCAUGCAUGUCAUUCUAAGGACUGCUCUGUCUUUUAACUUGUGUCACAUCAAUCUCAGUAAUGGCCACUGCCAAACAAGAAUAUUUGCAUAUGCUAUGAUAAGUGGUGGAUCAGCUGCAUCUGGUGUCACGAACCUGAACCGUACAGGGAUCCGACAUUCUUCCCUGCCAAAUUUUUGCAAACCAUUGCGUAUUUUCUGCAAUCGUGUGGCUGUAUCUAUAGCCUUCACGUUUUUCAGCUGCUUCUUGCUAGCCUUGUUGGCCGUUCUUGACGCAGACCACAGCCACACUAGCAUCACCACCACAACCCAACCACGAGCACCACAGCCACGCGAGCACCACCACCACCACAACCUAACCACGACUUCCAGCAAUAUAUUCCAGCAACAUCUACAGCACCACCGUGCACAUCCCGCAUCACCCAUCACCACACCACUCAAAACAAGGGGAAGAAGAAUCGAAGAAGAGACAACCAACGUCGCUUCACUCCGCGACGUUCAAAUCGCGCUGCUGAAAAACAACUGGAUAUGUGGCUCUCGUUUCUAUUGGGUUACAUUGAUUAUACUAGCCAUCCCAAAUGUUGCUCCGGACACGGCUGCCGAGGAACUCCAAGUAGGUGGUACCGCUGGGUGGCGGCUGCCAGGUUUUGAGUACAGGAAUGAUUCAGUUGUUAUGGUGGAUAAAUGGUGGUACUAUCACUGCAAUGCAAGCCAUCCCGUAUCAGUAUACAACACUGGAAACACCAUAAUCAAUCUUGAUAAGCCUGGUCCUAUGUAUUUUGUUAGGGGAGAUCCUAUGCAUCGCAAGAAUGGACAAAGAUUAUUUGUGGAGGUCCAAGAUUCUUCAGCAACAUCACCAUUUUCAAGUGCCGCCUCAUCUUCAAAUUUGGUUUUCUUAUAUAUGGUGCUAACUGCAGCCUCCUCCUUUGUGUGA